AUGUCUCUCCAGGACAACAUUGAGAGUCUUGUGAACAUGGGUUUUGACGCCGCUGUUGCGCGUGCAGCGCUCGAGCGGGCAAAUAAUAACAUUGAGGUUGCCGUCAAUUACAUCUACGCGGACUCCGCAGGAGAGUUGCCCUCCUACAACGGGCAAGCGGCAGCCUUGGGGCCCGUCCAUGACGGCCGCAGCGCCUCUACGGCGAUCCCAAUCGAGGACGAUAUCAGAGACAAGAUUGCCAGUUACGGCUAUGGUGCAGAUAAUCAGGAGAUCCGAUUGGACUCUGACGAGUCGGAGCAUGAGGCUUUGCCCAAAUAUGACGUCUACGACGACAUUUCGCGGUACAUUAGAGUACCAGAAGUUCCUGGAGUUUUGCUUCCAGUGAAAGUCGAUCUUCUAGAGGGCUAUUUCGCUCCAUUGUUGAUGGUUCUGAGCAACAUUCCCGCUUUCAGAGAUACAAUUCUAGAGCAUGAAUUUGAAGACUACGGGUACUCGCCGUACUGGUGGAAAAAAGAGCGGUGUCUUGCGAAUGCGGACGUGGCCAUGGAAGUCCAGAGACUCGUAGCGUUCCUGUCUGCAGACUCGAAAAGAGCUUUCGCCUCUAUUAGGACGCUAAUUGAUGCCAGUGCAAAACUGAUCACAGACGAUUACGAGAGCAUUUCGGAGUUUAUUCAAUUCAUUUACAGCACCAUUAUCGAGCUGUUCGGGAAUUUGGGCUGGACAUCCAAGGAGCGGCUGGCCGACCUGUUCACUUCACGGUUCCAGUUUGAGAACGACGAAACCCAGACACACCGCAUCUUCCCUGUCGAGUCAAACUAUUUCUACAAGGACAUCUACCGGAUCAUGCACUCCCUUUUGUGGGGCAAGGAUUUAAGUCGCAUAGCUCAGCACAGCUUUGUGCGACUCAGUGAUGUUUUGACGAUCAGCUUUGAAGGAAACGGCGACACUGUUCCUGGAGGCGGGUUUGAGCUUACAGAGGAGUUCUACCCUCAAAUUUACACAUCCGAGUAUGAGAAGCUGGUGGUGGAAAAAUUUCAGCGGAUCAGCGAGUUAAGAGAAGAGGUGAGCAAGAUCAAUGGUCAGAACAUGCAGCUCAAGGCAUUCAAAGGUAAACGUGUUGCUGCGUUGCUCGAGUCCACUCUCAACCACUUGUCUUCUCUUGGCGAAGACGAAAAAAUCCAAUCGGCUUCCAAAGAGCUCGAAGCAAUAGCCAGUCACAUUCUAGAUCAGAAAACGCUAAACACAGACAAGCUAACGGCUCUGAAUAAGGAACGGUCGCAAAUGGACAUAUACAGCAUAGAUUACAUUUUGGAUGAGCGCAAGGCAGACCUGGAGCCUUGGAUGCUUGUAGGUAUUAUUGUCAGCGAGCGCCAAUUCUGCUACAAAACGGAAAAGGGCUGGUACACUUUUGUCUACGAGCUGGAAGAAGGGAAGAAUUUCACCAUAUCAGAGUCCACCUUUGAGACCAUCAGAGACCAGAUAAGGGAUUACUCAGCGGAUAGCUUUGAUACCGGUAUGGUGCUGCUGUACGUGAGAAAGUCUCUUUUGACCAGCACACCGCCGAUAAUAAACGAGAAGCUGAAGCAGUUCAUCAGCACGGAUAACGACAAAGUGACACAGGACUACGAAGCGUUUAUGGCACAGCAGCCAAAGAAGAAAGAAGACAGCUACGUUCUGGUGGACAUGUGA